CCCCGUCUGGAAAAUGCAGUUAAGUUUUGCAGCUGUUAAAAUACUUUUUAAAAAUAUUUUCGCAUGAUUGUAAUUUGUAAUAGCGUUUUCAUUGAAAAAAUAUUUUUAUUUAAAGAGAAUAAUUGAAAUUUAUAAUGUAGAUAAGUGUUUCAUGUUUAAUAUUAAAAUUAGUUGUCAGUAUUUUAGUGGCAUACGAUUGACUUGAUACAGUGCCUCGUCAAAGAACUCAAGGGCCAGUAUAAAAGAUGCAUCUGGACCUGUGUGCGUUACGCCCUGCAUCUAUAUUCAGAUAGUAAUUCUAUUUGUUGAUGCUUUUCUAUAUCAGUGCUUAUGGCCACGAGUUCAAUGAAUGAUCAUUUCAGUUUUAAAAACAUGACAAAUAUUGUAGUUUUCACACGACAAUUAUCGUAACUGCAAACAGCCUUGAUUCUAACAUUGAAUUAUUCUCUCAAUUGUAAUGCACGCUUAAUUUUAAAAGAAAUAUAAACCAAUAUUAGAAGGAAAAGUGUUUGAAAAAAGGUUAUUAGCAUAAUUUAGCAGGACUUGCCCAGUUUACCACUUCCUAAAUAAAAGUGGAGUGAAACAACGUAAACUCAAACUGAUUGAUACUAUUCUUUGAGGUACUUUGAGAUGAUUGAUUCCAUAUGUUAAUUACACAGAAUUGUUCCAAACAUUUUGAAUAGAAUUUUUAAGUCCAUUUUUACCGUAUGAACCUUACAUAAAUAGUUUUACACUAUAUAUAUGUUGAAAGCGUAUUUUCUCAUGAAUGUUUGAGGAACCAUGUUUGGAGGAACCGUAUUUUGACAACUUAACAUGCACAGUAUGGCAUUUACAAUUUCCUUAGAUCAGCUAACAAAAGUUCUUAUAGCCGAAUUAUCUGACAUGAACUGCAAUCAUUCACAAUCACAGACUGUUAUCAGCAAAUAGGAUGCAUGCAUGUAAACUGUCAUCAGCAACCAUGGAUCGAUCGAUAUUAAGAAUAUAUUGUGGUCCAGACCCCCUCAUAUACAUUGUAGAGAAUACAACCCGUAGACACAACACCAACUUUGAUCAGUUUUUAUUUCUUUAUUAACAGAUAAAAAUGAACUAUGAAGAGAAAUGCAUACAAAAAAUGGUUGUAGGAAUAAUGCAUUUCCUUCUCUAAAAGUGAGUCUGGUAUCACAUCUGUCCACGUAAUGUUAUAUAGUGUCAACUCAAAUCUACUAUGGAACUAGAGUUGAAGUCCGUGGAAAAUGUGAUGGAUUUUUAACAACUGUAGAGGGGACAAAAAUCCAGUUACAGAUAAUGCUGUCUGGUUAAAUAACAGUUUAGAACUCAGACUCAUCACCACGAUCUCAAGCUGCCAGCCAUUCUAAGUUAAUUUUCAACGCAUACAUACCCCACGUCUCCCAAUUACAGUUACUGGCAUCCAAAGAAAAAGCAAAUGGAGCCUAUUGAGGAGAUCUCCCAAGAAUGGAUGAGUUGUCUCAGUGAAGUGUACACAGAUGAGGAAGCUGACUUCAUGAACCAGCUGCUUGGUAACUGCUCAAUCCCAGAACAGUUAUAUGAAAGUUUGGACAUGGAAACAAAAGCUCCAAAUGCAGAUUCUAUCUUGUUUUUACAAGGGAGUGGGCCCUGUGCUCAUGCUACCAAAUAUAUCUUUCCCACAACAAAUGCUGCCAACUGCUCCAACAAUUUGGGCCACGUGUCCGUUGGUUUUUCCUUCCAAGAGUUGGGUCUUGACUCAGGGAGAGAGAAUCUUGCUGACAUGGAUUUGCAGGAUCACAAUGCAGAAAAGGAUAAUACCAGAAGCAUGGAGAAAUCAGAAAAAAGGUUCAGGAGCUCAUUUGAGGGCACAGAGAACAAGAGGAAUGUGAAAUCUAAGAAGAAUCCAAAACCAGCUUCUUUAAGGAACACUGAAGAGGAAGCAAGUCCUGACCCUCAGAGUCAGACCUCAAACAGUAGCUGUUCAGAUGAUGACUCCAAAGAUUCUAGAGCGCUUAAGUUAAGUAGAAAAUCAAGAUCUAAUAGAGACCCUGCAACUGAUCCACAGAGCGCGUAUGCAAGAAAGAGAAGAGAAAGAAUAAACGAAAGACUGAGAAUUCUACAGAGCCUAGUUCCAAAUGGAACUAAGGUGGAUAUCAGCACAAUGCUUGAGGAAGCUGUUCAAUAUGUGAAGUUUUUACAGCUUCAAAUUAAGCUUCUGAGCUCUGAUGAUCUGUGGAUGUACGCUCCUAUUGCUUACAAUGGAAUGAACAUUGGCCUGGAACUUAACAUCAACAUCACAAAACAAGAAAAAAAAUGCAUAUCGUAGCAGUAAAAGAAUAUUGAGAGCAGGCAGAAUCAUUCUGUGAUGAUGUUUAUAUAAGCUCUGUUCACAACUAGUGCAUAUCAGCGACAAUGGAUCAUGAAAUUAGUCAAAAUUACUGAACCAUAUGUCUUUCUGAACAAACGAUACAUCAGUUCAUUUUUUUAUUCUUUAUUUGAGCAUUUUCGAACAUACUUCAAUGGAAUUGUACUGGAAAAAUAAAAU